CUGGUAGACCAACCCAGUUACUGUUUUCAAACAAGAUCUACAGAUGAAUUAUGGCUUCGCGGCAUGUUCCCUACACAGAUAUUUCAGAUAUGGGACGGGCAGCGCAGGAGACUGAAAUACAGCGUGCUGCCAAUCAACAGCUUAUUGAAGAAGGUAGAAUAAUUAAGCACAAGGAGCUUGAAAAAAUGAGACGCGAAGAGGAAAGUAAGGAUGACAGUAGUAGUGAGCGUCCUGACGUUAUCAUUAAAAUUAAUAAUGGAAGCACUUCACGCCUGAGUAGUCAGCGUUCUUCGGCCGAUUUAGCAUCAUCAAUCAGCUCAAGGAAUUUGGAUGCACGUGAGCUACGAGCCCAGUUACUGCAGUUGGAAGAAAAGGUUAAGGGGGCAAUGUUAUCAAAUGUUCAACUAGACAAUGAUAAACAACUUUUGAAGUAUGAAGUUGAUUUGCUCAAAGAUAAAUUGGAAGAUCUUACAGAUACUUAUGCUUCUUUGAACAAAAUCUUCUUAGAAAACAAACGGGAAUUGGCGUAUCAAAAAAUGCAAAUUGUUGAAUUAACACAUCGUUUGGAUUAUGCACGUCAUCAAAUAGAGGCACGUGAUCAACUAAUUGUUGAACAUGGUUUAGUAUUAAUUGGUGGCACAAAUGUAGAUGACAAUCCGACGUCUAACAUGGAGGAGUUAACAGCAACCAAUGCACAUAUGUCAUCUACGAAUAAGGGAAAAUUCACGAGUAAUGAUAGUAAUUUAGUAAUGAUGAAUGGUUUAUCCAAUAAUAAUAAUAAUAAUAAUAAUAAUAAUAAUAAUAAUAAUAAUAAUAAUAAUAAUAAUCAUUCAAAAUCAAACUCAUUGAUACAUCAAAAUGGUGAUAAAUCAUCAAAUCAUUUACCCGAAAUGGUUCUUAUCACAAAAUCGACAGCAGAACUCUUAAAUACUUUAUCUGAAACAACAUUAGAUAAGCAAAUUCAACAGUUGUUUAGUAUGCGAUCCGAAUUAGAUGCGCGAGUUGAAGAAUUAGAAUCUCAGUUAAGAGAAGAACGUAAACGCUUCGAGGCUCCAACUACACGUUAUGAUUCAAAGAAUCGUACAAAUAUAGCAAAUGCAGAAGAUAUUAAACAUGAACUACAACAAAGUCGUAAUCAAGCUCAAGAAUAUAAACUGAAAUUUCAUGAAUCAUCUCAAAAGAUAUCAGCUCUUGAAAGCGAUGUGAGUUUCAUUAUUCGCAGACUUUUAUUACGUCCAUCUUUAAAUUUUUAAUUCAAUAGAACAAUUUAUUCAUGUUGACUGAUAAAAGAUUCACAACUGUUUUGGUUUUCAUUUUGUAGCUUUAAAUUGUUUUUUUUUCUUGAAUGAGUUAAUUAUCAAUUUAAUGUUUCAAAUUGUAAGCGAUGUCUAUCAUACUCUGGGUCUUAAGCAGAAGAUUGUUUAAGUUUAGAUUCAUUUUCUGUCUAUUUCGGUCUCAAAUGCCAGUUAGUAUCAUUAGUUGUCACACUCCUUAAAGUUUUAUCUGAAACUGUAUUUCCAACUAUUUGAUCAUAAGUGCACGGAGCUUCAAAAAUUCUCUGCUGUUGUCUCUAAAAGCUGCGAAAAGGCUAAAAACAUUUCAUCCAUUUAUCAUUGAGUACAAAAAGAUCCCAGAAACGUCUAGAAAAACUAAGGAUUGUGUUGCAACUUGAUUUGAUAAUUACUUUGUUAAUAAGUUUUGUGUGUCUCCGAAAUCCCCUAGAAAGUCAAGACCACCCUUAAUCCUAUAGAUAUUCUCAUUUUCUGUACAUAAGUGAUCUUUGAAACAAAACUUCCAUUCUUACUUCGUGCCUUUUUCUACUACUCGCGAUCCAAUUGAAGGAAUUAUACGGGAAAUCUAGAAAGCGGCUAGGAAGUCAGUAUUAAGUUUUCGCGUAUUAGACAUAUAAAGAGAUUCGAUAGAUAACAAAUGAAUAGCGGGAACAAUUUCCCAGAUAUCACGAAAGGUUAGUGGGGAAAUAUGAUUUGGAUGGGAGUUUUCACAAACUUCCUUACACGACGGAACUGCGAAUAUAUGGCUGUUCCACUGUCCUGACCACUAUUUUCAAUAUAUAUAGUGGUGUGUAACUCUGACACCAAAAAUUUAUAUAUUUUCUGUUGGGCUUCGCGUUCUCAUUGAAACCAUGAACCAAUCAAUAUUAGAUCACCACUGAAAGCCUGAAAAAACUGGACGGCUGUUUUGUUCCAGUAUGGGACUGCUCAGCUGUGCGCAACCACGACCUCACACGCGAGAAUAGAACCGAUGACCUUCGGUCUCGCUCACAAACGCUUAACUUUAAACCACUAAGCUGACAUCCAACGGUGUUAAUGUGUCACUUCAAUCAUUAUAUAAAUAUAUGUUAGUAUGCAUUUGUGUUGACGUCUUUUUCCCAUUGAUACUUAAGCCCCCAGUAUCUAUGACUUUAGUAUUUACAGUGUUAUUGUGUUUUACUGUGUAUAUUGUUGCUAUUUUCUUGUUUAACAUUUAUUACUACUCUUCAUUAUUACUUAACCUCUUAUGUAGAAAGUGUCUAGUCUGUGUAGAAUGAUGUUAACGUUGAAAUUGAUGCAUGAUAAGUUUGUAGCAGAAACAUCGCGUUGAUCAAUCAUAAACAGUGUACAACUUGCUACAAACGCAUGCACAUCGUCACACUUUAUGCCAUCAGGUCAACGCUUAAGGAUACUAACAAGAUUCAUGGCUAAAGAAAUUGAAGUAGUGUUAGUGUUUGUAUUAUUAAAAAAUAUCUCGAUUAUGAAACGUAUGACCUCAGAAUAAAAGAAUAAAACAUGGGCAUUGGAAAAUAUGAAAUUAUUAUCGAAUCUCACUACCUAACAUGAGCACAUCUGUGUCACUGAAACAUUUUUAGUCAUAUUGUUUAAAAUCGUCACUUAUGAAUCAUAAUUUUCACACAUACUCCAUCAAAGAUAGUUACGCCUUCCUACGCAUAUUAUCUCCCGCUUAGUUAUGACACCAUAUUUAACCUGGCGCCCUCUUUUUUGUAUUUGGAUUUCAGCCAGUAAAAAUAUACAGCAAAUAGCUUCCAACUCCUGUGUUUCCAAUUAAUAUGUCCAAUAUUUACUAGUUGUUACUUUGUGUCUAUGAUGUGUGCUUUACAUCCAUCGGAAUAUCUGCUUAAACAACUACUGAAAGCAAAAAUGCACCAUGACUUUCACGAGUGAAAUAUUGUUUCACCGGUCACGUGUUUCCUACCUUAUAUGUGUGUUUGUAUGUGUUGUGUUGGUCCAUAGCCAUAUACAUACACUUCAGUUGUGCACAACCAACUUGUUUUUUUGAACAUAACGUUUUCACCUACAGUUCAUUAGAAUAGAUAUUGAUUAAGUAAAUAUGUAUACAUGGUAAACACAUCUUUUCAAUAUGUUGUUUUGACUUUAUUGUGAAACGUGUACAUUCAAUUUGUUUAUCAAUACAUUAAUUUGCCAUGCGGUUGCACUCCAAUAAUAGUAAUAAUAAUACUAAUAAUGUUUUGUUUUGUUUCCAUUUUGAACUGUUUUUAAUUACAACAGUACCUACAAUCAAUUCAGUAGAAAGUAUUAUGGAUUUAAAAGGCCAGGAUGAUGUGCAUUGAUAUAUAUAUGCAAAUUAGUUACAGAUCUGGUCAUUUAUAAUGUAAAUAUUCUAUGCUAGAAAUCUUUCCUUCGCUUUUUAUAAUAUUUCUGUACCUUCAAGCGUAGAUGUGUGUGUCUAUGUUUACAUUUGUAUUAAAUAUUACCUAGUCAUAGUGACUAACAAACAACCUGUUUUGUUUUUGGUUGUCAACGAUACAAAUCAUUUGUGGAUAUUCGUUAGCAUUCACAACAAUAUUUUUGGUAGUAAUUUGUCUUACUCGAAACAAUGUCUUCUUACUAACUGAUAUUGAAAAAAAGUGUAAUUAACAAAUGGGAAUCAAAGUAUUAUCAAACAUUGGUUUGAGGAAAAUUAAUGCGAUAUUAUUGAUUCAAAUUUUACAUGAUUUUCCAUCAUAUAUACUGUAUUUUGAUUAUUGUCGACUAGUUGAAGUUAUGUAAUACUUUACAAGGUGAGUGACUGAAAUCAGUCCACGAGUAAUUCUUAACGUUAUAUUUUUUCUUAUUGAUUGAAAUCUUGACAAUACACAAGUAACUAAACUAAUUUUGUACCGAGACCAUGGAUCGACUAGUGUUAGACCACCUUUGAAAACCUGGAAGCAAUGGACAGAUGUUUCGUCAUAGUGUGAGACUCCUCAACAGUGCUCACCCACAGUUCUUAACACGGGACUCGAUUCAUGACCUCAAUUUAAACUCAACGAUCUCCACAACCCUAUACUGAUAAUUUUGCAUUGUUUUGUAAUUCAACAUCAAUAGCACCUGUUUAUGGCUUUGAGAAUUACAUUAGAUUAAUAAUAAAAACCACUGGAUUAAGCAUUAUUAGUGUAAACUUUUCAUGCUUUCUAUAUUAACGCUUAACGUCAUCAUGAAGUAUGUGAAAUGUUUUUUUUCCGUAGGGCUAUUUAUUUCUAGAAAGCAUAAACUUUUAUCACUAUUGUUUAUUUAUUUACACUGUUCAUAAUAAAUAAUUUGUUUCUGUUUUAAAACUUAAGACGAUAAUUAAUCAAGUCAAUAUGUAUUCAGUGUUUAUGGGUUAGUGGAAUAAACUAUUUGUGUCGUUGAAAAACAAAUAAAGACAAAUCAGUAAAGGAAAUAAUCUUUUCAACAAUGUUAUCUAUGAAUGUAGUGGACGAGAACUUAAGUGGGGAUAACCAGUUUUAUUGUUUAAUGAAUAAUCACACUGUUGUUAAGCAAAAUAUGAAAAUCAUACAAUAAAUACAUCAUAUGCAUAUCUUCUUUGCGUUGUCUUUUACUUACUUGGUUAUUCCUUUAAUUCUGUUGUUAUUUCGAUUGCUCUUCUAUUUUUCUUCUGUUACUUUUAAUUGAAUCUUCUACCAAGCAUUCCACUUCUGAUUGCGGCUACAUACAACUCAUAUCUGUCAACAUAAGUAGCAUACGCCACAUGUAUACUGAUUAACUAGUAAUACAAGUAUACAGCUUUAAUAAUAAAUUUUCCGUAAAAUAAGGAACUUUGGCAUCAUUAACAAAAAUGAUCGAGAUGGUUUUCAGUUGUCUAAAAUGUUUAUAAUAGGCUAGAACGAAAACAGAAUAUAAAUGGAAUAUAAUUACUAAAUUGAAGGAUAUUGAAAAUCGGUAGACAUAAAGUAUAAUACUGUAUUAGGGAUGACAGCGUUCAAGCUCAUAAUUUUUUCAAUGAAUAAGCUGAAGUAAAUCUCGGAUAGUACUAUUAUUGCGAAUACUCCUACUAAACCAUCAUAUAUUCUAUUGUUCUCGUCCAGUUAGUCAUGCAACAUAGGGCAUGGUACAUAUGCGUAUCAGUUCAAGCUGUUACAACAUCAGAACAGAGCUGCUAAGGUAGUAUAAGUAGUAAUAACAGUACUACCGGUUGUAAAAAUAAUCAGGCAUAGAUUUUUUUUUAAAAAAUAUAGAUUUACAGAAUCCAAAAACGUUUUCUAAGAACUUUAAGAGAAUUACUCCAUUGUGACCGAUUCUGUGUUAUAUUACUCAAAGUCUAUAACCAUUAGUUAGGAUAUCUUGUUAGAGAAUUUGUAUAAUAUGGCUUAAAAUGGUUCGUAAUAACUCGGAUCCAUCUACUCUUUGUUUUUCCUUAGAUUCUAAGUUUUUGAAUUCAUUGCAAAUUUUUGUUUCAUUAUUUCGCUAAUUCCCUCGAGUUGUAUCUUGAAUGCCUAGUAUUUUCCCGGAGCUGUUAAUCCUGUAACUACAUCUCUGAAACUAACCUUUACAUUCUUCUCUUACUUUAAUGAUAGCAUGUAAGAACUUGAAGCCUCGAAAUGCCCUGGUACGGUUGACAGUGAGGGAUCCCCGCUCUCUCCGAAUACCCUCAUAUGACUACGCGUAUACAGGACUGCCUUCUCGUGGCGGGGGUUUUGUUUAGGGUUGUUGGUUAUAGAGGAUUCACCUAGGGAAGUUGGAAAACCCUGAUUCCAAACUAAUGGUGCACAAGGGCCCCUGGAUCCUGGGGGAAAAAUGGUGUAUGACCUAUUGCUGAUCACCGGCUACCAUGAGACUGCCUCUCUUAAAAUUACUCCACUGCUUUGUGGAUUAGAUCUCUGAGUCAAAAACUCUGAGAGUGGUCCCCAAAGAAAACCAUAUGCAUUGGUUUGGGCGCCUGGUUAGUAUCGCAGCCCUCACACAAUUCGAAUGAUGAAGUGUGGCGCACAUAUAUUUCGGUGCCUCCUUGUACAAACUUGAAGCUAUGUGGGGAUAUGCCAGGUUCUACGUUGCAUUUGAUUGACUGACUAAUCCACCUCGUAAUCAUUCUCUUUGAUAAUUUUCAUUAACUAGACUGUUCUUGUGGUUACACUCACAGAAUUUUUUCUUAAAUUGUCAUAAUGAAUUUUAUAUAACAACCAUCUAAUGGAAUGGAUAAUCUCAAUUUAUAGAUUGUGCGUUUGGAAGGUCAAACUAAACGAUAUAAAGCCAUAGCUGAUGCUUGUGAAGAACAAGAAGAAAUUUUAAAACAAGAUCGAAGAAAAUGUCAACGUGAGCUGAGAGAGGUUCAAUCAAAACUGGAAGAUCUUAAGGCAGAGAAUGCUAGAUUGCAACGGGUUGUGGAUAAAUAUAAUCGAGGUUCUACUAUUCCAGGUAGUUUGGCACCUGGUACUAGCAGUACUAUACGUCAGGCUCAUGAUUCUUCUGUCAAUAGAUAGUUUAUAUAUAGUGAAAGUUAAAUAUAUAAUGUGAUAUUUAUCAUCUAAAUUGCUUUCCCUAAAUUCUUAUCUAUUCGUUGAUUUAACUGCUGUCAAAUAUAUGAAUGUAUGUGUUUAUCUUUAAUCCAAAGAUUUUAUAGUUGAAAUUUAUUCACUUUCUAUUCUAUUCUAUUCUAUGCUUUUUUUUCAUAUAGUUCACUUGAAAUAUCACUUCAAUUUAUCCAGUAAUUGUGUGUAUAUUUUAUUCAGUAAACAAUAUCGCUAUAUAUAUGUAUAUAGACCAGUUUAUACAUAUAUAAUAAUAUACAUUUGUUUUGUAUAAAUUGAAUUAACAUCAGAAUUGAGAGGGAAAAAUAAUUGUUCUACUCAAUUCUCUUCUAAUUCAAAUGUGACAAAUUGUCUUCACUAAUAAUUGUAUUGGUAAUAAUGACAACAACAACAAUAACAAAAAUCUGAACAGCUUCCGAAAAUUCCCUUUCAAAAAAUAACUCGACUAUUCAUAUCAUCAAAGUAUAUAAUUCUAUUGUUUCAUCUAAGAAAAAUAAAAGUAAGUUAUAUAACAUUCAAUACAUACAAUACACAAUUAGGAUUGUAAAUGUUUACUAUAACAUGUUCCCAAUACUCAGGAACAUGUUGACAAAUAGUUAAUACUAAUUAACUUUUGAUAAAUGUUUUCUCAUUUCAUCAAAACCUGGUGUAAAGCCUCGUUAUUCAGUGUUUUUCUUAGAGUUUAUUUACUA